AUGGAGAUUGUUAGAUUCGCCCUCGCCGUUGUUUUUGUACUUUACUCCGUAUCAUCAUCUAACGCGGCAACUGCACCACCGAGCGGUGGUGGCGGAGGAGAUGCUCAGGCAAUGCCGUGUAUACAGAAACUUAUGCCGUGUCAGCCGUUUCUUCACUCGGUGAUUCCACCACCGCCUCCAUCGUGUUGCCUGCCGAUGAAGGCGAUCGUCGCCAACGACGCGACGUGUCUUUGCUCCGUGUUCAACAACGUAGAUAUGCUCAAAUCGCUUAACCUCACUAAAGACAACGCUCUUGAUCUCCCUAAAGCUUGUGGCGCCAACCCUGACAUCUCACUAUGCAAAGCCAGCCCCGCGGGUG